GGAAGCUCCGUGAAGCGGCUGGCUUUCCUGGGUGCUCCGUAUCGCCGGGGAGAGCGUGCGCACCGAGGAAAGGGGUGCGCGUGGCUACGGGCCAGGCCACCGACCUUGCCGGAGUCCUUUUAGACAGAGAGCAGCCGCAGUCAUACAUUCACCAUGCGCAACCUAAAGUUACUUCGGACCUUGGAAUUCAAGGAUAUUCAGACUCUUGGGAAACCCCAGUGUUUUUCCCUCCGGACUGAUCAGGGAACACUGCUCAUUGGCUCAGGAUACGGGCUUAUAGAAGUGGAUCCUGUUGCAAAAGAAGUAACCUGUGAGAUUCCCUUGAUGUCACAGGGCUUUCUGCCAGAAGAUGGCAGUGGCUGCAUUGUGGGUGUCCAGGACCUGCUGGAUCAGGAGUCUGUGUGUGUGGCCACAGCUGCGGGAGAUGUCCUACUCUGUAAUCUCAGCAGCAGCCAGCUGGAGUGUGUUGGGAAUGUUGCCAGUGGUUUGUCUGUCAUGAGUUGGAGUCCAGACCAGGAACUCGUUCUUCUUGUUACAGGCCAGCAGACCUUAAUUUUGAUGACCAAAGAAUUUGAACCAAUCAUGGAGAAGCAAAUCCAUCAAGAUGAUUUUGGAGAAAGCAAAUUUAUCACUGUUGGAUGGGGUAAAAAGGAGACUCAGUUCCAUGGAUCAGAAGGCAAACAAGCUGCACAUCGCAAGCAAAUGAAUGAGCAGCCUGCUUUGCCCUGGGAUGACCAUAGACCGCAGGUUACCUGGAGAGGGGAUGGACAAUUUUUUGCUGUGAGUGCUGUUUGCCCAGAGACAGGGGCUCGGAAAAUCAGAGUAUGGAACAGAGAGCUUGUUUUACAGUCAACCAGUGAGCCUGUUGCAGGACUAGGACAAGCAUUGGCAUGGAAGCCUUCUGGUAGUUUGAUUGCAUCUACACAGAAUAAACCUAACCAGCAUGAUGUUGUAUUUUUUGAAAAAAAUGGACUUCUUCAUGGAGAUUUUAUACUUCCUUUCCAGAAAGGUCAGGUAAAGGUAAAUGAGCUGCUAUGGAAUUCAGAUUCUACAGUCCUGGCACUUUGGCUUGAAGACCUUAACUGUGAGGAGAAUGCAGGGCCAGCAUCCUAUGUUCAGCUCUGGACAGUUGGAAACUAUCACUGGUACCUUAAACAAAAUCUACACUUUAGUAAUUGCAAAAAGAGCAAGAUUGUGUCGCUGACCUGGGAUCCAGUGACUCCCUACAGAUUACACGUCCUCUGUCAGGGAUGGCAUUACCUCUGCUAUGACUGGUAUUGGAGCACUGACCGGAGCACGGGAGAGAAUGCAUGUGACCUAGCAAAUGUGGCUGUCAUUGAUGGAGACAAGGUGUUGGUGACAGCCUUUCAACAUUCUGUGGUGCCUCCACCUCUCUGUACCUAUGAGUUACAUCUUCCACAUCCUGUGAACCAAGUCAUGUUCUGUGCACAUCCUAAAAAAAGCAGUGACCUUGCCGUUCUCGAUGCCAAUAACCAGAUUUCUGUCUAUAGAUCUGGUGGUACUACAGAUUUAGACCCUACAGUGAAAAUGGGAGCUGUGGGGGGAAAUGGAUUUAAGGUUUCUGUUACAACACCUCACCUGGAAAAAAUAUACAAGAUUCAUUUUGAGACUAGAGAAGAUCAGGAAGUAAAUCCCCUGAACUUGUGCCUUCUCACUUGGAUCCAAGAAGAUACUUUCUUGGCUAUCAGUCAUGGCUCAUCCUCUGUUGUUCACCAUGUGACUGUGGCCUCUUCUGAAACAGAGGACAAAAGUGGACAUCUGAAUAUAAGCUCAUCAGUGACUGUGGAUGGAGUUGUGAUCAGUCUGUGUUAUAAUCCCAAAACCAAAUCAGUGGCACUACAGUUAGCUGACGGUCAGAUCCUCAAAUACCUUUGGGAAUCUUCAACUCCUGCUGUUGAAACAUGGAAGGAUCGUAGUGGUUUUGCUGUCCAGUUUCCCUACCCAUGCACACAGACUACACUGGCUGUAAUAGGUGGUGAAGAAUGCAUUCUGGGGCUGACCGACAGGUGUCGCUUUUUCAUUAAUGAUAUUGAGGUUGCAUCCAAUAUCAUGUCAUUUGCAAUAUAUGAUGAAUUUUUGCUGCUGACAACCCACUCUCAUACCUGUCAGUGUCUAUACUUGAGAGAUACUUCUUUUAAAGCUUUCCAAGCAGGUCUGACCAACAGUACUGCCUCUAAUGAGGAAUCUCUACGGAAAGUAGAAAGAGGUUCCCGCAUUGUCACUGUUGUGCCACAGGACACAAAGCUCGUAUUACAGAUGCCGAGGGGAAACUUAGAAGUUGUCUAUCAUCGAGCCCUGGUUUUAGCUCAGAUUCGGAAGUGGUUAGACAGACUUAUGUUUAAAGAAGCAUUUGAAUGUAUGAGAAAACUGAGAAUUAAUCUAAAUCUGAUUCAUGACCAUAACCCACAGGCAUUUCUCGAAAAUGUGGAAACCUUUGUAAAGCAGAUUGAUUCUGUAAAUCAUAUAAAUCUGUUUUUCACAGAAUUGAAGGAAGAAGACAUUACAAAGACUAUGUACCCUCCUCCAGUUGCCAACAAUAUCCAAAUGACCAGGGGUCCUGAUGGUAAAAAAGUAGACCUUAUCUGUGAUGCCAUGAGAGUAGCCAUGCAGAACAUAAAUCCUCACAAGUACUGCCUAUGUAUACUGACUUCUCACAUAAAAAAGACUAAACCAGAACUGGAAAUUGUCUUACAGAAGGUCCAUGAUCUUCAAGGAAAUACUCCAUCUUCUCCUGAUGCUGUGAGUGCAGAGGAAGCCUUAAAAUACUUACUGCUUUUGGUGGAUGUCAAUGAACUGUAUGACUAUUCUUUAGGGACAUACGACUUUGACUUGGUGCUCAUGGUAGCUGAGAAGUCACAGAAGGAUCCCAAAGAAUAUCUUCCAUUUCUAAACACACUUAGAAAGAUGGAAAUCAAUUAUCAACGGUACACAAUAGAUAAGCACUUGAAACGGUAUGAAAAAGCCAUUGGUCACCUCAGCAAAUGUGGACCUGAGUAUUUUCCAGAAUGUUUAAACUUGAUAAAGGACAAAAACUUAUAUAAUGAAGCUCUGAAAUUGUACCCAUCAAAUUCUCAACAAUACAAGGAUAUCAGUAGCAUUUAUGGGGAACACCUGAAGCAAAAGAAUCUUUUUGAACAAGCAGGACUAGUAUUUGCACGCUCUGGCGCCUAUGAGAAAGCCCUGGAUGCUUUUGUGACCAGUGGCAGCUGGCAGCAAGCCUUCUGUAUGGCAAGUCAGCUGAACUAUACCAAAGACCAGUUGGCCAGCCUGGGCAGAACUCUGUCAGGAAAGCUAGCAGAGCAGAGGAAACACAGUGAUGCAGCCCUAGUUUUGGAGCAAUAUGCUGAGGACUAUGAAGAAGCUGUAUUAUUGCUAUUAGAAGGAGCUAUUUGGGAAGAAGCACUAAGAUUGGUUUACAAAUACAACAGGCUUGACAUCAUAGAAACAAAUAUUAAACCUUCAAUUUUAGAAGCCCAAAAAAACUACAUGGUGUUUAUGGAAUCUCAGACAGCCAUUUUCACUCGCCAUAGAAAACGUUUACUGGUGGUUCGAGAGUUAAAGGAGCAAACCCAACAAGGGAAUCUAGAUGAUGACAUGCCAAAUGGCCAGGAGUCAGACCUCUUCUCUGAAACUAGCAGUAUCGUGAGUGGUAGUGACAUGAGUGGCAGAUACUCUCACAGUAACUCCAGGAUAUCUGCGAGAUCCUCCAAGAAUCGCCGAAAAGCAGAAAGAAAGAAGCACAGUCUGAAGGAGGGAAGUCCACUAGAAGACCUAGCUCUUUUGGAAGCCCUAAGUGAAGUGAUACACAGCAUUGAAAAAUUGAAAGAUGAGAUUUACCAGCUUUUAAAAGUACUCUUUCUCUUUGAGUAUGAUGAACAAGCAAGAGAAUUACAAAAAAUGUUUGAAGAUACUCUGCAGCUGAUGGAAAAUUCACUCCCAGAAAUUUGGAACCCCUCCUGCCAACAGAAUCCAGCUAUUCCUGUUCUGGGUCCCAAUUCAACUGCAAACAGCAUCAUGGCUUCCUAUCGACAGCAAAAGGCUUCAGCUCCUGUGUUCCAGGGUGCAGAACUUUUUAUACCUCCGAAGAUCAAUAAAACUAUCCAGUGGAAACUGAGCCUUCUAGAGUAACUCUGAUACCAUUCGGAGGUGCUCUUAGGGUGAAUAGUAUCAUUUUAAACUCAUCUCAGUAUUUUGCCAUCCCCACCUUGAGGUCCUAAUAUCUGAACCUUGGAGAAUAUAAGAGGAAUAUCUUCUGAAAUUACUAUUGCUUUUUGGGUCAGACUUUGUCUCACAACUUAAAAUUAUUUUUUUCAGAAUACUCAUCUAUGCUACACUUCUCAUUUUUAAAAACAGAGACUUUAAUCUGUAUACAGCACCAAGUUACAAGUAUCUUACUAAUGGUGUUUUUAAAAGUCAGUGAGUGGGGCAGCUAGGUGGUGCAGUGGAUAGAGCACCGGCCCUGGAUUCAGGAAUACCCGAGUUCAAAUCCGGCCUCAGACCCUUGACACUUACUAGCUGUGUGACCCUGGGCAAGUCACUUAACCCUCAGUGUCCUGCCCACCCCCCCCCAAAAAAAGUCAGUGAGUAUUGUUAUAGUACAGGAGUCAGGACUGGCUUCUCUUUUCACUACACUGUUAACACACAGUGGCAGAUCACUUGGUCUUUGUGCCUCAUUUUUCCAUCUUUAAAAUGAGAAUAAUUCCUGCUUCCCACCUCACAAGACAGGAGUAUUGUGAGAGCAUGUGACUUCAUGCCCAUAACAUGCUUUAAUUUCUUGGCAAAAGGCAAAUAUAUAUGAAUAAUAAGUUGUUGGCAGGUUACCACCUAAAGAGUUGUGGAAAUUGAUGAUUUCUGUUUUUUUCCAAGUUAACUAAAGCAUAAUAAAAAGUUUUAUGGUUCCAUUGAAUUUUUAAACUCUCCUAUUUAUCAAUUCUCACUUAGUUGGCAGUUGUUACUUUCAUGAAAAUUACAGGUUAUACCGUAACAAAUCAUAAGCUUCCAGGUGUUGAGUUUUUACCUCCUAUAGUUGGUCUAUUGUGGACUAUUAUACUGCUUUAAUACUUACUGCUAAUGAGAUAGCAGUGUUAGAAGAUUAACUCAAAUUGAAAUGCCUAUAAAAUGCUGUUACAUUCACAACAGAAUCUAGCAGAGUGCCUACGUAGCAUAUAUAAUGUAGUAAUCACUCCUGGUUCUCCAAAGAUUGUUUCGUUUGGUUAAUGUCUUAGGCAAAGUGUCAGACACUAUUUUGUUUUGAUUAUUGGUAUUUUGAUUUCCAUUCCAUUCUUUUUGACACAUAGAUUUUUUUCAGGAUAAUUUCCUCUCCUAUCUUGAGGAAAUAAGUUAGAAUUAAAAGGUAGAGGGGGUGUGGGGAUAUAAAUGUUGAGCUUGACAGUCCAGUUUAUUCUGAUUACCACUUCGUGGCUUAUAUGUCUUCUCCAAAACCUUCCAUGAACUGGCCUUUAUAUGAAAUAAAACUAUAAACAACCCAUAUAUAGAUCUUACUGAUUACAGAAUAUAAACCCAGAAAUUCUAUAUCUGUUACUUUAGAUAGGUAUAGAAUACUUACAUGAGCAUUUUUACAUAUUUCCUUGCCUUUGGUAAUUUUCUGAUAAAUCUAUAGUAAAAUUUGUCAUGUUUGAUAUUGGUUUAAGCAAAUUAUAAACAAAAUUUUAGCUUCGAAUAGGAAUAAAAUAUUAGCAGAAUUUUGCUUCCUGCAAGCCAUAAAACAGGUAGGAUCACAUGAUUUAAGAGUUGAAGCAGAUUACAGUCUGGGCUCUAUGAUAAUUUGGCAUUCAGUAAGCAUUUAUUAAGCACAUACAAUGUUUUUAAGGCUUUGUAAAAAUGUAUCCAAAAAUUUUAAAUAGUUCCUACACUUGGGGAGUUUACAUUUUACUAGAAUCUCAAAGGAGUUCUUUUACUGCCCAGAGCAUUAGUAAGAAUACCAGAUCUCUUCAGAAUGCUAAGACUACAUCAUUUGAAGAAUGACCCAACAAAUUGUGGAAUGGAAUGGAAUAUUACUAUGCUAUAAAGAAUACAGAGAAUCCUGAGGGAAAAGGUGAAGCAAGCUAAACCAGGGGAAAAUGUAUAUAUGCCCAAUGAUUCCAACUAUGUAAGUGAAAAAUUAAAAAAAAAAAGUUUUUAAAAUCUGUUACUAUAUUGAACAAACUUGGACCUGAAAAAGGAGAGAUGAAAAUACACUACUGCCUCACCCUCUUUGCCGAGGACAUCCAUACUGCAUGUACUUGUGGGGGUGAGAGAUAUAUUGAGAAUUAAAGUGCUGUAAAAAUAAAAGCUAUCAAUAAAAAUGUUUGUUGAAGCAAAA